GCCUCCUCUGUCUAAUCUGGACCCAUUCGUCUCGUUUGUCACGGAGCCUUCCGCUGAGCAGUCCUUUGCUUCGGGUCGUCUACCACCUCCAGUCGAGGUCGUGCCCCAUCCCCAGCUCCCAAGUCGCAGCUCUUCCGGCCAUGGCGGCGGCGGCGCAGAGGCUCCUCGCGGCGAGCACGAAGAUCGUCGGGGUCGGGCGGAACUACGUCGCCCACGCCAAGGAGCUCGGCAACCCCGUCCCCAAGGAGCCGGUGCUGUUCCUCAAGCCGACCUCGUCGUUCCUCCACGCGGGCGUAGCCACCGCCGCCGUCGAGGUGCCCGAGCCGCUCGAGUCGCUGCACCACGAGGUCGAGCUCGCCGUCGUCAUCUCACGGCGCGCGCGCGACGUGCCCGAGGCCUCCGCCAUGGACUUCGUCGGAGGUUAUGCUCUUGCUUUGGACAUGACAGCAAGGGACCUUCAGUCUGUAGCUAAG